AUGAGUCGAGCAUUGAAGUCUGCAGAUUAUGUUAUGUCUUUAGAGAUGAUAGGUAAGGUCGUGUAUGGUGAUUGUAUUAACAGUUACAUCUUGAUGGCGACUUUUGCCAGACCAGAAAAUGCACUCAAGAGAGCUGAAGAGUUGAUAAACGUGGGGCAGACGCAAGAAGCCCUGGAGACUCUUCACAGUUUUAUUACCACAAGGAGGUAUAGAGCUUGGACUAAAACUCAUGAGAGGAUAAUGUUCAAAUAUGUCGAGCUAUGCGUCGACAUGAGAAGGGGAAGGCAUGCUAAAGAUGGCCUUAUCCAGUAUCGUGGCAUCUGCCAACAGGUUAAUAUUACUUCUCUAGAGGAAGUGAUAAAGCAUUUCAUGCAGUUGGCCACUGAGAAGGCUGAGCUUGCACGUAAUCAAGCUGAGGCUCUGGAAGAGGCCUUGGAUAUUGAUGACUUAGAAGCCGAUAAAAGGCCAGAAGAUCUGAUGCUAAGCUAUGUUAGCGGCGAGAAAGGAAAAGACAGAUCUGACCGCGAACUCGUUACUCCAUGGUUUAAGUUUUUGUGGGAAACUUACAGAACCGUUUUGGAAAUUCUCCGAAACAACUCAAGACUUGAAUCUCUGUAUGCUAUGACCGCACAUCGUGCCUUCAAGUUUUGCAAGCAAUACAAGCGUACGACAGAGUUUCGGAGACUAUGUGAAAUAAUUCGGAAUCAUCUGGCAAACCUGAACAAGUAUAGGGACCAACGGGAUAGGCCUGAUCUUACCGCUCCUGAAAGCUUGAAGUUUUAUCUUGAUACCAGAUUUGAGCAACUUAAAGUUGCUACUGAACUUGAACUUUGGCAGGAGGCAUUUCGUUCAAUUGAGGACAUACAUGGAUUGAUGUCCAUUGUUAAGAAAACUCCUAAAUCUUCUGCGUUGGUUGUUUUCUAUUCUAAGCUUUCCGAAAUUUUCUGGAUGUCAUCCAGCCAUCUUUAUCACGCUUAUGCAUGGCUUAAGCUUUUCACACUUCAGAAAAGCUUUAACAAGCACCUAGAUCAGAAGGAUUUACAGUUAAUAGCAUCAUCAGUUGUUUUAGCUGCACUUUCUGUACCUCCUUAUGACCGCUCAUAUGGUGCAUCUCAUUUGGAGCUCGAAAAUGAGAAAGAGCGGAAUUUAAGAGUUGCAAACCUUAUCGCUUUUGAUGUUGAAUCCAAACCUGAGAAUAGAGAAGUGCUUUCAAGGUCAUCACUGCUCUUGGAAUUGGUAUCCAAAGGAGUGAUGAACUGUGUUAGCCAGGAAGUGAAGGAUCUUUACCAUAUCUUGGAGCACGAAAAUCUUCCUUUUGACCUGACUCUGAAAGUGCAACCCUUGUUAUCGAAAAUUUCUAAGCUUGGUGGUAAACUUGCUUCUGCAUCUUCUGUACCAGAAUUGCAAUUCUCUCAAUAUGUUCCGUCUCUGGAGAAACUUUCUGCUCUGAGGUUGCUGCAACGGGUUUCACAGGUGUACCAGUCCAUGAAUAUUGACAACUUAUCAAGGAUGAUUCCUUUCUUUGAUUUUCCUACCGUUGAGAAAAUAUCAGUGGAUGCAGUCAAGAAUAAUUUUUUAGCAAUGAAAGUGGAUUACAGGAAAGGUGCCAUUUUCUUUGGUAAUAAGGGUCUUGAAUCAGAAGGCUUAAGGGACCACCUGUCAACAUUUGCCGAGUCUCUUGGCAAAGCAAGGGUCAUGAUCUAUCCUCCUGCAAAGAGAGUCUCUAAAUUGGGGGAAAGGCUUACAGAUUUGGUGGAAGUGGUUGAGAAAGAACACAAGCGACUUCUUGCUCGCAAAUCAAUAAUUGAAAAGCGCAAAGAAGAACAAGAACGCCAGCUUUUAGAAAUGGAACGAGAAGAGGAAGCCAAGAGGCUGAAAUUACAGAAGAUAACUGAGGAGGCGGAACAGAAAAGGCUUGCUAUUGAAUUUGAGCAAAUGAAGAAUGAAAGAAUCCGGAGGGAAAUCGAGGAGCGUGCGAUGGAAGAAGCUCAAACUUUGCUGCUAGAAGCUAAAAAUCGUAAUAAGAAGAAAGGAAAGAAACCUGGGAUAGAUGGAGAAAAUUUAACAAGGGAGGAGUUGAUGGAGCUUGCCCGUAAUGAUUUACUCAAGGAGAAGCAAGAAAUGGAGAAAAAGUUAGUGAAACUUGGCAAGACCAUGGAUUACUUGGAGAGGGCAAAAAGAGAGGAGGCAGCCCCACUUAUUGAAGCCGCGUUCCAACAGCGGUUAGUUGAAGAAGAGGCUUUACACGAGCUUGAACAGCAGAGAGAAGUCCAUGCAAGCCGACAGCGGCAUGCUGGAGAUCUCGAGGAAAAACGGAGGCUAAGCAGGAUGUUGGAAAACAAGAAAAUAUUCCAAGAACGAGUGCUGAACCUUCGGAAAUCCAAAUAUGAGUCGCUUAAAGCCGAUAGAGAAAAGAUGUUGGCAAGCAUUAUCCAGGAACGGAAAGAAGAACGCAAGGCCAAUAGAAAGUUGAUAUAUUUCUUGAGAUGUGAAGAGGAGAGGCAGAAAAGGUUGCAUGAAGAGGAGGAAGCACGCAAGCGCGAAGAGAUGGAGCGGAGAAAGAAAGAAGAAGCUGAGAGAAAAGCAAAGCUUGAUGAAAUAGCCGAGAAGCAAAGGCAGAGGGAGAGAGAGUUGGAGGAGAAAGAGAGGCAGCGCAGGGAAGAAAUCCUGGGGAGGUCCACGCCAUCAAAUACCCCAAUUGCUCCUCCUAAGACUACUUCCGAACCACCACCUGUGGAGGCAGCAACACCACCGACAGCCGGAAAGUACGUGCCGAGGUUCAAAAGAGUGGCUUCUGAGGUCCCACCUCCUGAAACUGCCGACAGGUGGUCCGGCAACAGGCCGGCCGAAGAAAAUCGAGCACCUCAAAAUUGGCGGGAUGAACGCCAAAGGCCUAGCUUCGGCGGUGGUGCCUCAAGGUCCACUUGGAGUUCCUCUAGGGGCCGUCCGGUUAACUAG